GCGAUGAGAGCGAAAGUUGCGCUUGGCUUCGAGCUGGGGCGUUGAAGCGGCUCCGCGUCCCUGGCCGCCGUCACAAGUCUCUCCCUCAGCCCUCUCUCCCUUCGGGCAGCCCUGGUUACAACUGUCGCCCCCCGGAGCCCCGGUCCCCUCGGCGGGCGCGCCCCCCUCCCUGCGCCCUCGCGGCGAGCCUCCCCUCCGCCUCGCUCCUCAGCCCCACUUUGCUCCCUCCUCCCCGCGCCCCGCCGUCCCUUCUGAUGCCAGCCAUGGUGGAGAAGGGCCCGGAGGUGUUGGGGAAGAGGAGGGGGAGGAAUAAUGCUGCUGCCUCCUCGGCCGCCGCCGCCUCCUCCGCCAACGCUGCCGCCUCAGCCUCAGCCUCGGCCUCGGCCGCCUCUGCCUCCUCCGCUGCAGCCUCCGCCUCGGCCGCCGCCGGCUCCGCCAAUAAUGGCCAUAAUAAAAGUUUGGCAGCGGCCGCCGCCGCGGCGCCCAAUGGAAAUAGCACCAACUCCUGGGAGGAAGCGAGCUCGGGCUCCUCGAGUGAUGAAGAGCAUGGUAGUGGCGGAGGAUUAAACACUGGGGAAUUGUACCAGGCAAGCAUACCUAUCUUUUUACCCUCUAAAAUUUCAAGGCGCUCUCAGGAAAGAGAAAAUCUUGGCAUGCUGGUAUGGUCACCUAAUCAGAAUCUAUCAGAGGCAAAAUUAGAUGAAUACAUUGCCAUUGCCAAGGAGAAGCAUGGAUACAAUAUGGAACAGGCACUUGGGAUGCUUUUUUGGCAUAAGCACAAUAUUGAAAAGUCCUUGGCUGAUCUACCCAACUUUACCCCAUUUCCAGAUGAGUGGACUGUGGAAGAUAAAGUUCUAUUUGAACAGGCCUUUAGUUUUCAUGGGAAAACUUUUCAUAGAAUCCAACAGAUGCUUCCUGAUAAGUCUAUAGCAAGCCUAGUGAAAUUUUACUACUCAUGGAAGAAGACAAGAACCAAAACCAGUGUAAUGGAUCGUCAUGCUCGGAAGCAGAAAAGAGAACGGGAAGAAAGUGAGGAUGAACUGGAAGAAACAAAUGGAAAUAACCCAAUUGACAUUGAGGUUGAUCAAAACAAGGAAAGCAAAAAGGAGGUACCACCAACUGAAACAAUUCCUCAAAUCAAAAAAGAAAAGCAUAGUACACAAGCUAAAAAUAGGGCCAAGAGGAAACCUCCCAAGGGAAUGUUUCUUUCUCAAGAAGAUGUGGAAGCAGUUUCUGCUAAUGCUACAGCUGCUACCACAGUGCUGAGACAACUGGACAUGGAAUUGGUUUCAAUCAAACGACAGAUUCAGAAUAUCAAACAGACGAACAGUGCUCUCAAAGAAAAACUUGAUGGUGGAAUAGAACAAUAUAGACUUCCUGAGGUUAUUCAGAAGUUUAAUGCACGUUGGACCACAGAAGAACAGCUUCUUGCUGUACAAGCAAUCAGAAAAUACGGCCGAGAUUUUCAGGCGAUCUCAGAUGUCAUUGGAAACAAAUCAGUGGUACAAGUGAAAAACUUUUUUGUAAAUUACCGACGCCGUUUCAACAUAGAUGAAGUCUUACAGGAAUGGGAGGCAGAACAUGGCAAAGAAGAAACCAAUGGAACCAAUACCCAGAAACCUAUAAAGUCCCCAGAUAAUCCCAUUAAAAUUCCUGAAGAGGAGGAGGAGGCUACUUCUGUUCUUGACGUCAGAUAUGCAUCCGCUUCAUGA